CGCUACCACCACCGCCGCCGCCGCCUCGCCGCUCAAAACCCUACCCAAACCCCGGCUAGUGUCGUCCAUGGAGAACCCCAGGCCCCUGCCCCCUGCCAUCACCCCUCCCAUGGCUCCCCUCCCCGUCCACCCACCCAUCGCCCCCGUCCCCGCCCCACCCCGCGCCCCCGCCCCCACAUCCGCCGCUGCCGGAGGCGGAGACGAUGACGAGGUCGGCUACGAGGUCUCCGACGACCACCGCGCCGCGCGGGAGCGCCACGAGCGCGCCGUACAGGAGCUCCUGCAGCGCCGCCGCGCCUACGUCAUGGCCGUGCCCACCAACGACUCCGCCGUGCGCGCGCGCCUCCGCCGCCUCGGUGAGCCCAUCGCGCUCUUCGGCGAGGGCGCGAUGGAGCGCCGCGACCGCCUACGCGCGCUCAUGGCCCGCCUCGAGGCCGAGGGCCAGUUCGACCGCCUCCUCCGCGCGCAGGAGGACGAACAGGGAGCCCCGGGCGACGACGACGAGGGCACGGAGCAGAUCAAGUACCCGUUCUUCACCGAGGGGACCAACCAACUGCUCCAGGCGCGCGUUGACAUCGCCAUGUACUCACUGCCCCGCGCCAAGGCCAGGAUCGAGAGGGCCAAGCGACGCCUCGCCGACCCCGACGAGGACCCCGAGGCAGAGGCCGCCCUUGCUGUGAAACAGGCGGCGGACUUCGCGCUUGAGCGCAGCGAGAUUGGAGAUGACCGCCCGCUCACCGGCUGCUCCUUCUCCCGCGAUGCCUCAAUGCUCGCCACAAGCUCCUGGAGUGGGAUCGUCAAAGUGUGGAGCAUGCCACAGAUAACCAAAAUUGCAACCCUGAAAGGCCAUACAGAACGUGCAACCGAUGUUGCCUUCUCCCCAGUCGAUAACUGCUUAGCGACAGCCUCAGCUGAUAAAACUGCCAAAUUGUGGAACAGCGAUGGGUCACUUCUGAUGUCUUUUGAUGGUCACCUGGAUCGUCUUGCGCGCCUUGCUUUUCAUCCAUCUGGAAAGUACCUUGGUACAGCUAGCUUUGACAAGACCUGGAGAUUGUGGGACAUCAACACUGGAACUGAACUUCUACUCCAGGAGGGACAUAGCAGAAGUGUAUAUGGUGUCAGCUUUCACCCAGACGGUUCUUUAGCUGCAUCUUGUGGGUUUGAUGCUAGUGCUCGAGUUUGGGAUUUAAGGUCAGGAAGAUUGUACUGUACCCUCAUUGGACAUGUCAAACCUGUCCUAGGAGUCAGCUUCUCACCUAAUGGUCAUCUGGUUGCAACCGCAAGUGAAGACAAUUUCUGUCGAAUAUGGGAUUUGAGGACCAGACAAAUGCUAUAUUCUAUACCAGCACAUAAGAGUCUCAUCUCGCAUGUGAAAUUUGAACCACAGGAGGGUUAUUAUUUAGCGACAUCUUCCUAUGACACUAAAGCAGCGCUAUGGUCAACUCGGGAUUACAAACCAAUUAAAAGCUUGUCAGGCCAUGAGUCAAACGUUACUAGUCUGGAUAUUAGUGGAGAUGGACAACAGAUUGCGACUGUUUCACUUGAUAGAACGAUAAAGAUCUGGUCAUGCAGAGGCAGCGCGCGGGAUGAUGAGAUGGAGUUGGAUUAAGCAUUGAUUCCACCGUUGCUGGAAACAGCUAACUUGGCAGCACGUAUAAACACAGAGUUGCAGACUGGGAGAACUGCAGAUCGAAAAGCAUAUCUGAUAGGUAUGUUUGCCAGGCAUGUCAUACAUUUUCUAUAGUACCUUAGUGGAAAUUCCACCAAAAAUCAUUGGAAAAGAUUGCGAGUUUUCAGUUAACAUUAUAUCAGUACAGAAGAUGUAAGUAUUUAGACAAACAUAAUUGAAUGAGCAGCAGUGCACACUGAUCUUUAGACGUAACGUCGUACAGAGAAGCUGGAUUGAUUCAUGUAGCAGAAGUUAUGUAUCAUCUGGAAACAGAAGGGUGGAAAUACAUAGUAAUUACCGGAAUGGUAUAAUUUUGAUACAUCCCACUGUCUCACGUAUCAUCCUAGCAUAGUUGCCAGUCUAGGAAUGCGUCCUGAUCUUGUGUAUGUGUUUUUCUCUAAACGCAUGCCUGUAGACAUGCCUACCCGCCACCUCUUAAAUGUUGACAGGGGUUGUUCAUAAUCUCAUCAUCCACAACGUUUUUCCUGAAGGACAAAUUAAUUGCAGUCAUGUUCGUUUUUUUGCUCAGAAAAGGUAUUAAUAUAUUCAACUGCAAGUUACCACCACCUGGCCUUUAUUUUGGCUGCAAUUAUUCUCAUGUGACAGCAAUAUAGAACAGCAUCAGAAUCUUGACAGUAUAUAUCUUGACUUAAUAGAUGUACUCCCUCCGAUUCAUAUUAGUUGACGCACACUUGGUACAACUUUGUAUUAAAGUUGUACUAAGUGUGUGUCAAUUAAUUUGGAUCGGAGGGAGUAUGACACUUUCAAACCAAAGAUUCCUAGCUGCUUUUUCAAAUUAUGUCAGUGUAAGUGUUCAAUAGGGAAUUUACUACUGGUGUUGGACCGUCAAACAAGGAAACCUUAAUUACUGUGGUAUCUCUCCGUUUGUAUUUACAUAGAAAAUAAUUCCCUUGGAAAAAGUGGGGAAUCCAUAAACAAAGAGGAAAUCAUUUCUAGAUUCCUAAUUAACCAAUGAACUAAAAAUCAAGAGGGGUUGACUGGCUGUACCCGUGUACUAAAUUGGCAGCCUGUACGCAUGUGUUUCUCUAAAUUUUAUUCCUAUCUUCUGAAUACGAAUACAAUUUUGGAUUUAGCUACAAUUGUAAAAAACUUGAUGGCGAGAACUAAGUAGCAACCUUGCAGAUCCUAUAUCCUAAUGGUAACCAUGGUAAACAACAACCUAGUCGACAAACAAAGGAGUAGCACCAAGCAGAAUGUACCUCAACCGCAGCAGAGGCUGA